UCCAGUAGUUUCCAAUGUUUGAACUUUGGUGUGAAUGCUCACAAGUUUUUAAAAUCGUACAUGCACCAGACGGAAAAGAUACAACCAAAACAAGUCAAGAAUUAAAGCCAUAAUGGUAUUAAAUUAAUCGUUUUGGUUUUUCCAACAAACGUUAAGGGGAUACUACAAAAGGCAUGUCGCGCGCUCGGGCGUGUGCUUUGUCUUUCGGAGACAAGUCACAACAGUCCACGGAGUGAAGAAUCAUUUCCCAGGAGAAUAUAUACCCUUCCAGCAGUUCCUCCGCCCAUGUUCUUGUUGGAAGCCCAGAAGACCCGUAUCAUAUUUCACACCUAGUUCCUCCAGAGACACUAGACAGCAGUUGAUAAGGAUUCAACGGACAUAGUAAGGUUAGAACAGCUGUUGACACCCACGUCUUUGGAAUGCUCCCCACUUGGCCCGCGCCAUUGGAAUAACCUGGACAAGGAGACGCACGGCCCUCAGGAUUAGAUGACCUCCUGUCCAGCAGUGUUACCAUGGUCAGGCAUCCAUCAUCUGCAUCGCCAUGGCGACCUCUGCCCCUCCUUGAAACAGUUCUGCUGCUGCUCGUCAUAACAGGGGUUCACUCACAAGGCCGGCUGAAGCUAACAGUGCUCUCCGAAGAUCGUCUGCAGAUGAAAUGGAAAGAGGCAGACGGACCGGUCCAGGGCUACAAGGUCCGUGUGCGUCCCAUUUCAGACGAUCCUCAGCCGGAGCUGAUGCUGACGACCACUAAGGGCCGUGCGACGGUGGCGGGACUGGACUCCACCCAGGAGUACCUGCUGCAGGUGCUGCUGCUCAACGGAACCUCCGAGAAGCUGGUCGCCAAGAGACGCUUCACCAUUGACGGACUGCGUGAGGAUGAGUUGAUCCGCAGUGGGAAUCGCGAGCAGAAGAAGAAGGCUCUGCCGGCCGGCUCAGGCUCAGGGGAGCUGGAUGACGUCUCAGAGGUGCUGACGGCCCUGCCCACCGUCAUCUACCAGGAGCCCACCACGCUAGUUCCAACUCCAGAACCCACCACCAUGACGAGUCCCGCGCUCACAGAGCCCACCCCGACCCCGACAACUGUAGAGGAGGAGGCAGUGGAGGCCGAGACCGAGGCCGAGACUGAGACUGAGGCUGAGGCUACUGUCACCACAGCAACGGUCACCGAGAAGGCACCCAAGGAGAGGAGGAAGAAGAAGAAGGACAAGGAGAAGAGUCGCUCCAGAGACAAGACGACGACGACGGAGGACAAGGGAGGAGAUCAGGGAACAGCAGAGGACAGCAGCAGCGGCAGCAGCAGAGGAGACAAGCUGCGCAAGAUGCCCACACCACCUGUCACAGUGGGGGUGACGAGCGGCGGCGUGUUCGAGUGCAACCCGGCGACGCAGGCGGACGUGGUGAUGCUGGUGGACGGCUCCUGGAGUAUCGGCCGCACCAACUUCAGACGCGUACGCGACUUUCUAGAGGGGAUGGUCACCCCCUUCCACAUCGGGCCAGACAAGGUGCAGAUAGCUCUCUCCCAGUAUAGUGGUGAUCCCCGUACUGAAUGGCAGCUCAACAACUUCACCAGCAAGGAGCAGCUCGUGGAGGCCGUACGCAACUUCAGAUACAAGGGAGGCAACACCUUCACAGGCCAGGCCUUAAUGCAUGUGCUGAAUGAGAACCUGAGGGAGGAGGCCGGGGCCCGUCAGAACAUCCCUCACUUCGUCCUGCUGCUCACCGACGGCAAGUCUCAGGACGACGCCAUCGCCGCCGCCAACAAGCUGAAGAGCGAGGGAGUGGAGAUCAUUGCUGUUGGUGUGAAGAAUGCGGAUGUUGCUGAACUGAAGCAAGUGGCCUCUGCCCCUGAGGACCUCAACGCCUACAACGUGAACGACUUCCCCCUGCUCAGCAAGCUGGUGGGCCGACUGGUCAGGAUACUCUGUGGGAAGAUGGAGGAACGGACCAAGAUCAAACGACGUGAGAAGCCCACCCAGCCCCCCGUGGUCUCGUACCCGAGCCCCACCGAGCUGCGCUUCUCUCAGCUGGGCUCCAGGGAGGUGCGGCUCAACUGGACCCCGCCCCCACGCCCUGUCAACCAGUACAGAGUGGUCUACCACAGCACUCAGAGCAACACGCCACAGGAGCUGGUUGUGGAUGGGACUCUGUCCAGUGUCCUCCUCAACAGCCUGUCCUCCCAGACCCAGUACCAGCUCUCCAUCUUCCCUGCCUAUGAGGACAACGUGGGACCCCCUGUACGAGGAACCUUCACCACCUUGGCUCUGGCUACUCCACAGGGCCUGGAGGUGACCCCCUCGUCCCCGACCAGCCUGAGUGUUCGCUGGUCCGCUGUGGCCGGUGCCACCCAGUACAUGGCCCUCUACUCCACCCUCACCGAUGGGGAACCGGAUGACGCCAAGGAGGUGAAGAUUGGCGCGGAGCAGACGGUUGUGGAGUUGCAGGAGCUGCUGCCGUCUACAGAGUACUCUGUCACGCUGUACGCCCUCUACGACGACGACCCCAGUGACCCGGUUACCGCCAAGGCCACGACCUUCCCUCUGCCUCCUCCUAUGAGUGUCCACAUCCCCGUGGUGGGCCACAGUUCUCUGAGGGUCAGCUGGGUUCCGGGUGCGGAGGACGUCCCAGGACAUCGCAUCUUCUGCACCACCAACUAUGGCAGCGACGCCCAGGAGGUGGAGGUGAAAGGCGUCAACACAGUGCUGCUGCAGAAUCUGGCGUCUCUCUCCAGGUACUUUGUGUCGGUGCAGUCGCACUAUGAGAAAGGGCUGUCGGCACCUGUCACCGUCAACAUAACCACACUGAAAGUGCCAGCCCCUACAGACCUGAGGGUCACCAACUUCUCAGGAAGUGACAUCACUGUGAGGUGGGUGUCGGCAGCCGAUGACGUCGUCUCGUACAUGAUCAAGUGGAUCCCGCUCAGUGGGGGGAAACUUCAAGAGCUGUCUGCAGAUGGCCAGAGUGAGGGGGCGAUCCUGGAGGACGUGGAGGACAAUAAGGAGUACCAGAUAUCCGUCUCCGCCCUCUACCCCGACGGGGUGCAGAGCGAAGCAGUGGCCAUCAGAUACAGCACAUUGUCGGGGGCGGGUCCCAGCGGUGUGUCCGUGUCGGAGGAGACUGCGGAGAGCCUGCUGGUCAGCUGGGUGCCGCCCAACGCCCACGUGCAGCAGUACCGAGUCUCCUAUACGCCCCUCGGGGGUGUCACCGCCAGGGAGAACAUCGUGUCUGUUCCCGGCACUGAGAGCCGUGUGCUGCUGCAGUCUCUGGUGCCCGAUACGCGCUACAGCAUCCUGGUCACAGCAGAGUACCGCAACCGGGAGGGAGGCAGCACCACGACGCAGGGCAAGACUGCUAGCCUGCGUGUGAGCAGUGUGAGUGUUCUGCGUUCUGACCACUCCAGCAUCUGCGUCUCCUGGAGACCCGUCACAGCUGUCAGCAGCUACCGCAUCCUGAUCCAGGCCCUCAGAGAUAAGCAGCUGAAGCAGGAGGUGUUGGAUGCCUCCACCAACAGCCACUGCUUCUCUGAGCUGGAGCCGGAGACGGUGUAUCGCAUCAGCGUGUACUCCCGCCUAGAGAAGGUUGAGGGCGCUGCUGUCUCCAUUCUGCACUCCACAGCUGCUGCACCAAUCCGGAUCCCCAUACCUCCACGGGUGUUUUCCACACAUAAUGAAGUGUGUCCUGAGCUGACUAUAAGAAACAGCAUAGUCAAAGGCUAUGACAUGAUGUCUGCGUUUGGCCUUACUAAGCAGGCGCACUCCUCAGUAGACGGGGUGGCAGCUGAGCCCUUCAUCUUCACAACGCUGCCCAGCUACACCAUAUACAAGGACGUCCAGCUCACACAGAACACAGGUUUCAUCCACCCGGCGGGCAUCGCAGCAGAGCAUACGCUGAGCAUGGUGUUCAGGCUGCUGCCGGACACGCCCAGAGAGGCCUUCGCCCUGUGGCAGCUCACCGACAACGACUUCCAGCCCAAGAUGGGGGUAGUGCUCGACGCUGAGAAUAAAGUGCUGCUGUACUUCAGCCUGGACUACAGGGGAGAGGUGCAGGAGCUGACGUUUGACCAGCCGCAGGUCCAGAAGCUCUUCUACGGCAGCUUUCACAAGCUUCACCUGUCCGUUAGCCAAGUGAGCGUGUCCCUGUAUGUGGACUGUGAGCAUGUGGGUGAGAGGCCGGCCCGCCCCCUGGGCUCGCUGCCCACCGACGGCUUCGAGAUGCUGGGGAAGCUCACCAAGACACGCGGGCGCAACAGCGGCUCCGCACCGUUCCAGCUGCAGUCCUUUGAGAUGGUCUGCAACACCUCGUGGCCUUCAGAGGAUACCUGCUGCGACCUGCCUGCUCAGAGGGAUGAGGAGAGCUGUCCGGCCCCGGCCUACGCCUGCACCUGCACCUCUACCGCCCCCGGCAGACUGGGAGACAAAGGCGCACCUGGCAAGCCGGGUCCUCGUGGAGAGAAAGGGGAAAAGGGCGAGAUAGGCCAAAAGGGAGAGGUGGGCCCUCCAGGUAAAGUGGGGUUGGAAGGCGUACUAGGACCCAUUGGUGCACGAGGACCUCAAGGCAUCACAAUGCAAGGCAAAAUGGGACCACCAGGAGCUCGGGGAGAGAAAGGAGAGGUUGGGAAACCAGGAAGCCAGGGAAUGCCAGGUCCCCCUGGCGACAAGGGUAGUCAAGGAAACGCUGGUCCUGAGGGGAUCAGAGGUGUGGAGGGCAACAUGGGACCCCCUGGCAUCACUGGACCCAGGGGCUUUCAGGGGAUGCCGGGUCAUCCGGGGACAGUGGGGGACCGAGGACCCAUGGGCCCAGUUGGACCUACGGGCCUCCCAGGAAAGAAGGGUGAAAGGGGAGAGAAGGGUGAUGCCCAGUCACUGUCCAUGAUCUAUCAGCUGGUGACAGAGGCCUGUGAAAAACUAGUGCACAACGAGGUCCUGAAGCUGGACUCCUUCCUGCAUGAGAUGAGCCGUAAGCCGGUGCCCCUGGAGGACCCCGUGGGGCCACCGGGCGAGCCGGGCAUCCCCGGGUCCAAAGGCCCGCCGGGUUUCAGGGGCGAGCAGGGUCGGAUUGGCAACAGGGGGAUGCCAGGGAAAUCGGGCUACCCGGGAGAGCAAGGACAAAGAGGCGCACCUGGUGAGAAGGGCAGUCCAGGGGCCAAUUCACAGGGACCACAAGGAAUCAAGGGAUUUGCAGGUCCGCCUGGUGAGACCAAAGUGGGUAGCCCUGGUGAGCGCGGGGAGGACGGGAAGGAAGGGCUACCGGGCAUCACGGGCCCCGGGGGCCAGAUGGGGGAGAUGGGCCCCCCCGGCAUAUGCGACAGCAGCACCGGGUGCAACUCGGAUCCAGAUCCAGGCGAGGAUCCUUACUAUGGCUACCUUCCAUAAGGGAUGGUGAGGACUCGUGGAGAUGAUCCAAGUUAUACUGUAGGAGAAGAAGCACCAGAUCUUACUUACACUAUGGAAAAACAUGCGGUAACACUUUACUUGGCGCGUCGCUGCGCAACACAUUCAUUGCAGCUGUUAUACACUUUGCAUGAAGGAUUCAUGACUGUGUCGUUGGACACUCAGAGCAAACCUUUCAUAAACAUGGAAGAGAAACGGACAGCAACCUCUCAAAAUAAAAGCUUCAUCUAACCCCUUCAUCUCACCCGCAAUGCUGCUUUGUUUAUCUUUUAUUUUGACAAGUUGCUGUCCUUCCAUCUUCCGUGUUCAUGAAAGUUUUGGCAUGAAUGUCUAAUGAAAAAAAAUCAUGAAUUCUCCAUGCAAAGUGUAUAAAAGCUGUUAUGCGGAGACAUGUCAAGUAAAAUGUUACCAAACAUGCUGUGUGAGGAGGACAUGCCCCCCCCAGACACACAGGACGACUGAAGCUGCCAUAAGGAUGCACUGACUGCAUAUACACACGACCUUUCGACAUGACAGUGUAUAUCUCCAUUGAGAAUAAGGUCAAAUCCAAUACUGUCACUCAUUCACCUCACAGUGCAUUAUGUAGGGGGAAAAGUGCAGCCUUCGUAGUGCACUACUACUGCUGUGUGGCCAAAUGAACGUGUUGGACGGUGCCCUAAGAUGAAGUGUACAGGGGCGUAGCAGCGCAUUUUGGGCCCUAUUAGUAUGUACAAUCAGCUCCAAUGGGACCCCCCCACCCCCAGCCAUAUGUCUACAUAAAUGUGUGUGUGGGCCCCCUAUAUACUGUACAUUGGACCCUGUUGACUCAGUCACACUUUACCCCCCUGAACGACACGACACCCUUGUACAUGCUCAUGGACUGUGCAGCAGCUACAGAUGCAGACUCUUCCCCAUUCUGAGUUCCAUACUCUUCCCCAUUCUGAGUUUCAUACUCUUCCCCAUUCUGAGUUCCAGUGGUACGCCAUGGAGAUGUGCCUUAUGUGUGUGUGUGAUUUACAAAUCGUCAGCAUUGGUGGGUGAUAAAAGAAGAAGUGCCUCCAAAGGCAUCAUGGUUGUUGCGGAAGACUUUGAUGCUGAUUUGAUUGAUCUUUUGUAUGGAAGGUUCCUUCAUGUGAUGGAAAGAUGAUGUCUUUUGUAUUUACAAAUGAGAAAGCAGUAUAUGUGUGUUAUAUGGAGAAAUACGGUUUCGCACUGAUAAUGUUUAUAUUGCUCAUCGGUUUAUUGUAUUAUAUGUUUUUUAUUUAUGUCCUCCUUUGUGUUUUUUACAAUUUCUUGUAAAGCUGUUUUCAUCUCUGCUAUUCUGUCUUAUUUGUCAUUAUGAUCGAGUUGAAAUGAAAUUACGUGUCGUGUGUUAUUAUAAAACUAAACUGUGAGACAUUUUCUUUACUCAUGAACAUACAUUAGGAAUAUAUUGUAUUUAGACUUUAUUUGAUACCAUAUCAAGCAAUUGUAUACGUUGGUUGUGUUGGGAAUAUUUUCUCUGUUAUUCCAAGGUGCUUACCGUACAGAUUUGUGUUCCAUAAACGGUCAAUGCAGUCACUACCUACUAAACCAUCCUUGAACGUUGGCCAC